AUGAAGAACCAGUCAAAGGAAAUAGAGUUCAUUCUCCUUGGACUGACAGAUGAUCCUCUGCUGCAAAUUGUGAUCUUCCUCUUUCUCUUCCUCAACUACAUUCUGAGCAUGAUGGGGAACUUAGUCAUCAUCCUUCUCACUCUGCUAGAUCCCCGCCUCAAGACUCCCAUGUAUUUCUUCCUCCGGAAUUUCUCCUUUUUAGAAGUUUCAUUCACAACAGUCUGCAUUCCGAGAUUCUUAACUACCAUUCUGACUGGAGAUAAAACAAUUUCCUAUAAUGGUUGUGCAACUCAACUAUUCUUUUUUUUUUUGUUAGGUAUUACAGAAUUUUACCUUCUGGCUGCCAUGUCUUAUGACCGCUAUGUUGCCAUCUGCAAACCUCUGCAUUACCCCAUUAUUAUGAACACUCGGGUGUGUUACCAGCUUGUACUCAGCUCUUGGGUAACUGGAUUCCUGAUCAUCUUUCCUCCUUUGGUUUUGGGACUACAACUGGAUUUCUGUGCUUCUAAAACUAUCGACCACUUCCUAUGUGACACUUCUCCUAUCCUUCAGCUUUCAUGCACAGAUACUAAGUUAAUAGAAUUGAUGGCUUUUGUCUUAGCUGUACUGACGCUUGUGGUCACAUUGUUGUUAGUGGUCCUGUCCUAUACAUUCAUCAUCAAAACAAUUCUAAAAUUUCCUUCUGCUCAACAACGAUCAAAGGCCUUUUCUACCUGUUCCUCACAUAUGGUGGUCGUCUCAAUUACUUAUGGGAGUUGCAUCUUUAUGUACAUGAAACCAUCAGCAAAAGAAAGAGUGGCCUUAACUAAAGGUGUAGCAGUGCUCAAUACUUCUGUGGCCCCAUUAUUAAAUCCCUUCAUUUACACUCUACGGAAUCAGCAGGUAAAAGAAGCCCUCAAGGAUAUGCUCCAAAAAGUUUGUCAUUUUCUAAAUGAGAAGAAAAUGUUAUGUAAGUAA